GUCAAAGUUGACCCAAUGUACUGUAAAAAAAAAUAUUGCUCUCUGCAGGCAAUCACCCGGUAUUACAUCAACAGUAAAACAGCUGUCUACUACGCCUACCUAAAAUCCUAUUGGUUAAAACCAUUCUCUUCGUCACCCUAUUGGAUAAGCGUGCGUCAACGCGAUGACGAAGGAGGAAAUUCAUUGACUCGACUGGAAUGCACUUUGGAAACAAUUAACAUGGCAGUGGCAAAGAAAGUGGCAUCUUUCCGCUUGCCUCCGCUGCCCACAGUGGGUGAACUGAUAAAGCUGUACAACCUUCGGGCUGAGAAGCAGCUGUCCCAGAACUUCCUGCUGGACCUGAGGCUUACCGAUAAGAUUGUUCGGCAGGCGGGCUGUUUAAAUAACGCCCACGUAUGUGAGGUGGGUCCGGGUCCAGGGGGAAUCACUCGCUCUAUCCUCAAUGCUGGAGCUGCAGAUCUGCUUGUUGUGGAGAAAGAUUCACGCUUCAUCCCUGGGCUGAAGCUGUUGUCUGAGGCAGCACCAGGCAAGCUGAGGAUCGUCCACGGUGACAUCCUCACAUACAGAAUGGAUCGCGGAUUCCCAACGGACAUCUCAAAGCCAUGGGAUCAAGAGCCACCAAACCUUCACAUCAUCGGGAAUCUGCCGUUCAGCGUCUCCACCCCCCUCAUCAUCAAGUGGCUGGAAAACGUUGCAAACAGGACAGGACCCUUCGCCUUCGGACGCACUCGGCUCACGCUCACUUUCCAGAAAGAGGUGGCAGAGAGGUUGACGGCCAGCACGGGCAGCAGGCAGAGGAGCCGUCUCUCCAUCAUGGCUCAGUAUCUCUGUACUGUGCACAACUGCUUCACCAUACCUGGCCGGGCCUUUGUCCCCAAACCAGAGGUGGAUGUGGGAGUCGUGCACUUCACCCCCCUGCUUCAGCCCCGAAUACAACAGCCCUUCAAGCUGGUGGAGAAAGUCGUCAGGAACGUUUUCCAGUUCCGCAGGAAGCACUGCCAUAAAGGACUACAGAAGUUGUUUCCCGAAGCGCGGCGUGCAGAGCUGACACAGGAGAUGAUGCAAGAGGCGGACGUGGACCCCCUCCUGCGUCCCACAGAACUCAGCAUACCGCACAUCCAGGCUUUGGCCGAUGCUUACGCUGGCCUGUGCAGGCGGGAGCCCGGGCUCCUCAGCUACGAGUUCAGGGAGGAGCUGAGGCUGAGGCGCCUCGGCACAGGUAACAGCCCGGCGGCGGACGCACGGCCAUGAGCCGGCCGCAGCCGUGCUGACAGUAAGGCGAGAAGGAGACUAAUGGCAUCUGUUAGCGCGGGGACAAACAACUGGCUGCUCUUAGCUGUGACGUGCUCCCAGGGAGCUAACGUGGAGUGUGUGGGUCGUGUAAACGCACGGGUUUCCACGUGCUCACAGCAACUCCAAGCUUCCAUUUUGUGUUUUCCGGAAACCGCUCUUAAUGUUCCGUUUCGUUGUUCACUUUCAUUUAACACCUCCGCUGUGGGAGAUGAGAGAACUUUAGAGAACCAGAUCAUGGCAGCAGCACAUUUUCUUUUCUUUUUUUUUUUUUUUUUUUUUGCUUUUUGGCGCCUGGUCACAUGAGACGCAGAGCUUAGAGGAAAAAGGAAUUGCUGUGAAUUUGGAACUAAAAGAGAAAAAAAAAGGUCUCUGUGGCACCAGGGAACUUGGACCGACAUUAAAAGAUUUAAAAGGAUGUCCUUGAAUGUUUCAACUCACUGUCUGCGUAUAAAAAACCAACUGUUUACAUAUUUGCCUAAAUAAUGAGGCAGAAGGACAGAUUUUUGUUUAUUAGCUCAGAAACACCCAUAACAAUGUAAAUUAAGGUAUUAUUAAUGAAUUCUAGAAAAGCAACACAAAAUCUGAAUCCUCCUCUUCAAACAGCUCAGCAGAUUGUUAGCGGCAGAACACGGCUGCUCCCUGCCAGCGUGGCAGAUGGCGUGUUUGGACCAACUUGCUACAGGGAGGUUUCACUCCGCUCUGAUAAGAGGUGGGUGAUAAUCUCCAGCAACAAUCAAGAACCUUCAUGCCAGGGAAGCAGGAGUGAUGCGCCACUGUGUCUUUUUUUAACCCAAUCUGUGACCCAAAAGAAAUGUAGGGUGGUAUUGAGCUUUUAUUUUGAUAGGUGGUGGCAUGUGGGUGAUUUUAAUGGUGAGAAAUUAUGUCUUGUGGAGGAGCAGCAGGGUAGUUACCAGCUAAUGAGGUGUGCGUGUGCAGCAGUGGCUCUGUGAAGUUACUUCAGGCUGGAAUAGAAAGUUCCUGGACCUCCUGCUUUAACUUUUACUCCAUCAACUAUGUGGGUUUCUUUUUUUUAAUGGUUCAGAUGAUUCACUUCUCUGUAGGAUUCUCAUUAAUAAUCAAAGUAUUGGUCCAAAUAGAGGGUAGAUUUUGAGUAAAUGAUGUUAACUCAGAUCCAGAUCAGUUAGUGGCUGUCCGUUUUUUUAAUAAAAAAAAAAAUCCAGCAUUCAUCCAAGACCAAAACAUUUAGGAAAAAAAAGCUUUUUUUUAAUCAUAUCUUGUUUGGAAUGUUUUAUAAUUCUUCAAUAAAAGGAGAAAAACAACCAAACCUAAAAAGUUCAGAGAACAACUCAAUGUAUUUAUCAUUUUUGCUUUGAUGCUUAAGGUGUCAAAGUCUCUCAUCACUCAUUGGAUUUCCCACUAAAGUUCUGACCUAUUCCCUUUUUUUGGCUAGAAAAUUGAAAUCCAUGACCAUUUUUUGUCGAUUCAGUUCACUUUCAUGUAUGAAGCACUAAUUUCACCACCACAGGUAAAUCAGAUGUACACAAAUGCUUGAAGAUCCAUUCCAAUCAUGUUUUGAUCUGUUAUUGUAAGAUUGUCCUGGGGUCUUUUAGUUAUCAAUAUGAACAAAUUUGGCCAAAAUCCCAAAACCUUUUUUUUUUUUCUAAAACCUAGUUUCUGCAGAGCGGCAGUAGUUCAUUAGAAAUUGAGAGCUCAUGUGGGAGCAGGAAGCUUGGGGUCUGCAAACAAAUCUUUUUAGAUGCUGAUUCACAAAGAUUUGAAUAAAUAUUGUAAUUUUAAGCUUCAUUUUUCACAGUUUUCAUUGAAGUGGGUUUUCAUAAACAAAAUCAGAUACUUUUCAUUUAAUUUGGUCCAAAUUAUUUCAGGAAAUCCAGCUAAUGUGUUGCUGUUAGAGUUGGACUUGUAAAUAAAGGUUGGUUAGUGUUUUUAUGCAAAAAAAAAAAAAACGACUUUUUUUUAAAUCAAACAUGGCUUCUAUUCUCUGUAAAUAAAGUGAUGCAGUGUUCAAAAACAUUCAAUUUCUUCUUCUUUGUGUCACCAUCAUACAUGCCCUGGAUUUUUCUACUAUUAUUUGGUCGAAACCGGCUUAAUUAGUCUGUUUUCCAAAAUCAUUUUUUAAAAGAAUUCAAGAUAUUGUGAGUGAAGCAUUAUUUUUUGUUGUCAGCUUUAGGUUACGGCUUUAGGCUGGGAGUUUUUUCUCAACACUCCAGCUCCCAUUCUUUGGUCUUUUAGCGAUCUGUUCUUCAGCCAAAGGCAGCGUUUGCUGCUCUUGGGCAUAAAAUUGUUAGAAAAUUGUCAUGGCGCCGUAUAAAGAGUUCCUCUGACAGCUCAUGUCUCGCAGCAUUUAAAAGGCGUGUCAAAGUCGACAUGCGGCCUCAGGCUGCUUUGACACAGCAGUGAGACAGUUCGCCGUAGCAAACCCACCUCCCACUCCCUCCUGCAUCCGACUCCACUGCUGCCUGCAAACUCCCUCCACGCAACAUCAACAAGACUUUGUCUCUGCAAAUAGAAUGCAAUGUUUCUCAAAGCUAAGCUUCCAGAAGAUUUGGCAUUUUAUGUGUUGGGACUUAUUUAUAGGUGAUUUGGGACUUCCUUCAAAUGGAUCUAAACGUAAAAUUACAUUUUUACCUUCAGUUUUGUCAUAGUUUUUUGUCCUGUAAGUGACAAAUUAUCACCAAAAAUGUCCAAACUUUCCAUUUUUUUUAAGCAAAAAUAACCAAUUGAGCAAAAAUAAAAUGAAUGUAGUUUAUUAUAGACUGACCUAAUGGGAAACGGGACGUUUACCUUCUGUAUAUUAGUUUGGCACAAGAGAAAAGAGUUCAGAUUGGUUACUUAAGUAUUAAAUUGACAUUUGUGUUUGAAUGUACUUAUUUUCUUGAAAACCUUUAGAUUAAGUAGAGGUUGAUACUUUAACAAGGAACUCACUCAAUAUAAUGGUCUAGAUUUCAAAACAAAAUGAUUCCUUCCUAUUUUUUUGCCUGAAUCUACCUCAUGAAUCGUGGCUUUCAUCUCCCCAUCCUUCAUCAUUACUGUCAUGGAGUGUGUCGCUGCAGUCAGUGAUUUGUCACAGACUGUAAAAUGAAGUUGUAAAAGAGCUUGUGUACACAGAUUUAAAUGUUUGGCUGUCUGCCUCGGAGCUGUUUAGAAUGCGAGGAGGAAAACCUGGAUGAAGGAGAAAACGGUAAAUAUGAGCCGAGACGAGCCUCCUAAAACAGUGGAAGGCUGUGCAAAUUGACCGACUCUAAAAACACUGACAUGUCAGCUGGAAACGUUUUAUUCUAUCAUAAGUCUUACAAAUAACAUAUUAAAUGAGUCUUUGAAAAUGUAUUAAUAUUAGGGGUCAUAACUGCCCCUUACAUGGAAGUAAGUGAACUCAGGCAUUCUAAGUAAAAAAAAGAAAAGAAGAAAAUCUCAUUUAGUCCAUGCACUUCUGGUCAUUUUCUUGGGUACACCUGUCCAACUUUAAUCAUCCAAUCAAAUGGCAGCAGAUCAAUGCAUUUGGGCAUGUAGACAUGGUCAAGAUGAUCUGCUGCAGCAUCAGAAUUAGGAAGAAAGGUGAUUGAAGUGACUUUGAACGUUGCACUGUUGUUGGUGCCAGACGAGUAUUUCAGAAACUGCUGACCUACUGGGAUUUGCACCCUCAACCAUCUCUAGGGUUUACAGAGAAUCAUCUGAAAUAGAGAAAACAUCCGGGCAGCGGCAGUUCUGUGGGUGAAAAAGGCCUUGUCAGUGCCAGAGUUCAGAGGAGAAUGACCAAACGAGUUCUAGCUGAUGGAAAAGCAACAGGAACUCAAAAAACCACUGGUUACAACCGAGGUCUGCAGAGGAGCAUCUGUGAAGUCAAAAAUAAACUUCUGCACAAACUCA